GAAACAAGAAGAUCUUUUCAAUGUAAGGUUCAAGAUCUUAGUUACAAGUAGAAUAGGCACACAGAGAGAAAGAGAAGGAAGGAGAACUCAAGUACCAACAUCCAUGACUUAUCAUUGCAACGCGCAAAACAAGCAUACUAUCCACACUCCAAUCCUUUUCUUCAAGAUUAUUCUUAGAACAAGUCUUCAAGAUGGAAAGCUUAAACUCCCAAACAAUUUCACUAGGAGAUAUGGUGGUAACAUGCCAAACCCAAUGUUUCUCAAGCCUCCAGAUGGCACUGAAUGGGAAGUAUUUUGGACUAAAAAAGAUGGUGAUAUUUGGCUUCAAAAGGGUUGGAAAGAAUUUGCUACAUAUUACUCCCUAGAUCAUGGUCAUUUGGUGUUGUUUGAAUACAAGAAAACUUCUCAAUUUGAGGUACGCAUAUGUGACAAGAGUACCCUUGAAAUACAAUAUCCUUUCCAUGACUCUCAAGAUGUACAGGACAACCUUGAUCAGAUUAAUGAUGAUUCAGUUAAAAUUUCGGAUGAGCUACCGUCAUGCCAUGAGACUAGACAGAAAUCACCAAUAUCUUGUCCUCGUCGACGUAAUAAAUUGAGAACUGGCACAAGUGGAGAUGUAGAUAGAAGAUCAGCUGACCAAAACCUGUCUCAGCAUGUUCAAAUUGAAGGACAAAGUACAAACUUUGAUAAGUCUAAAUUUGCAUCUGUAAAGAAAGAAUCAGAUGAGGAUAUGGUUUGUACCACUGAACAGGACAACCUUGACCAGAUUCAUGAUGACUCAGUCAAAAGUUUUGAUGAGCGACCACCGUGCCGUAUGGCUAGACAGAAAGCACCAAUGUCUUGUCCUCGACCAUGUAAAAGAUUAAGAACUGGCACUAGUGGGGAUGUUGAAAGAAGAUCCACUUUGCGAAAGUUGCCUCAGCAUGUCCAAAUUAAGGAGGAAAUGGAUGGUACCGCUGAAAGCCUAAUAGUGGAGCAGUUGACUUCUAAAAGAACUGAAGCUUUAAAGAAAGCCAAAACCUUCAGAUCUAAAACUCCCUCUUUCACGAUUGUCAUGAAGCCUUCCUAUCUUGAUAAGCAUCGAUUGCAUAUCCCAUUCCAAUUUGCUGAAAAGUAUUUGAAGAAAAAGGAAGGGAAUAUCCAUCUUCAGGGCUUGGAUGGGGGAACUUGGCAUUGUGAUUAUAGACUGGGCAAAAUUAAUGCUGGAUGGAAGAAAUUUGUAUCAGAUAAUAAUUUGAAAGUGGGGGAUGUUUGUCUUUUUGAGCUGACCAAGAGCCAAGGCCUUUCUUUCAAAGUACAAAUCUUUAGACUUGCAGAAGAACCCCAUUCCCUUCCAGUCCAAGGUUGGAAGACAACUCCAUGCCCCUUGACAAAUGGAGCUCUGAAAGAAGCUAAAAAAUUCACUUCAGAAAAUCCCAUUUUCACGUUCAAUUUUAGCCUGGGAAAUAGACCGAAUGUACCACGUUCCUUCAUCAGAGAGCACUUCAAUGAGAAGUCGCAGAUUGUGAAGUUACAGUUUAGAAAGAAAUUGUGGCCUGUAAAGUUUUACUAUCGUCCACACAAAGUUUCUAUUAGUGGGAAGUUUUCUAGUGGUUGGAGCGUAUUUGCUAGGGAAAGUAAAAUGGUGGAUGGAGAUGUUUGUCUGUUUGAGCUCAUCAACAGAGAAGAGGCAGUGCUUGAUGUUCAUAUUUUCAGAAGCCACUCUUAGGCAAUCCCUAAUUGGAGCUGUUAGUGCUGAAACUCUUAAUAUGUAUAGGAAUUCUACCUGACGAUUAUUAAACCUUGUUUGAUUUUGCUCAACAAAACUCAUGGUUUCAUCAUAGUCAAUUUUUGAGCUAUCUAAUGGCAGCAAGAGCAGCAAUUUCUGUACAACUAGGAUGAUAUCCCUAUUGUCAUCAAAGAUGCCAAAAGCGUAGACGUCCUUUUUAUUGCAAAUAUUGACCAGAAUGAAAUGUGUGUCCUCCAUAGAUCUCCUUUGAUUGUAGCUGACGAUGGGGUGCGGGAGGACCAACAAGGUACUAUGAGGCUCAAAUCAUUUUUCAUAUAAGCUCGUGAAAGUAAAUGAAAGAGAGUAGAGAAUGUGUAUAUGAAAGCUCAAGCAUAUGUAGUUGUAGUAUGCGGAAGACCAACAGGCAGUACCUGAUCCAACAGUGUGGUGGCAAAGUUUUUAUGAAGUGCAAAGUUUUUUCUUUUUUCUUUCUAUAAUUAGAUUUAAUAAGUUAAUAUUUUGUUCCCACUCCAAAUUAAAAUUAACUCAUGAAUUUUUGAUCUUGUACAACAUAUUAAGGAACUCACUUCGUUGAAUUCAUUUCUGUCCAUAUACUA